GUUUCUCCGUCGGAGACUUUGUCACCCUGCAAUCAGGAAGUGUUUGUGUGAAAGUACUGCGUUUAUACCACGAUGACAAUUGACAGAUAUGCAGUUAUGGAUGUCAACAAGCUCUUUACUAUCAGAAACGUACCCUCCACAGACCGCAGUCUCCUCUCGACCAGCCUGCUGUUCAGCAGUGAGGUGUACCACAAGGUACCCUGCAAUCUCUUCUUUGAGAAGAUCUGUGUCGUGUACAACUCCGCUGAAAUUGCUAAUGAUGCUACUUUUAUUGCGGGGGACUUCUUUGAUGCAGAGACAAAGGAGUUGUAUAAGCUGUGGAAACCUGCUAAGCUUUUAGGCACAGAAGAAGUUCCAAAAGCAGGAAUGUCGCUAAGAAAAUUAUAUCAGCCUCGUGAGGAAGAAAACUCGGCCGACACUCUAUCCUCAUCUACUUCAAACUCGGAAAGUGAAGAGAAAGAGUACAGACCACCGUCUAAGAAGAAGAAAAGAAAAUUGGAGAAUGAAAGGAAAGAGAAGAAGUCGAAGAAAGCAGCCAAAAAUGAAAACGAAGAGCGACCUAGACCCAAGAAACCUGAAAAGGAAGAACAGGUUAUCAAGUUCGUUAAUGAUAUCAACGAACAAAAGCAAGAAAAAACAACAAAGAAGAGCGCUGGCGAUAUUCAGAGCAAAGUUGGAGAUUUUUAUUCAGAUUUGGAGACAAAGGAAGUUGUACUUGGAGGUGUUGUUGGGGACAUGGAGUACAGUUGGUUGUCUGUUGGGACUGCAAAAGCUGCUGUUGGAGACUGUGUGUUCGUGAGACUAACAGAAGGAAUACAAUUGGGAAGAAUAAUAUCAAUACACAAAGAACACAAGAACGGUACAGAUCCUGUACGGCUGAAACUGUACAGGAUCUACUUGGAGGAGGAGAUGUUUGUCACCAAGCGGGAAUCAGCGACAAUCCAUGUCAACGAGGCUUUUGCUACUGACUUUGUUAUCCAUGCUCUGGCGUGUCAGGUGGAUGAAACUGUUGAUGUGGUUUAUUUGAAGAAGAAAGAGAAGAUUCCUCCGCAGAAUGAGAUACCUAAAGGACGGUUGUUUAUUAGGCGGUAUUACCACCCACUAAGACAUUUGCUACGAUCCCUCGCGGAACCUCUAGACUCAGCAGAUCUCUCCAUCAUACCUCAACCCCAUCCUCCUAUAAAUGGUCAUAACGAGGAAGAUAUGAACCUCAACAGGAAACCAUGCAUUCCUGAUGGUUGGAGUGGCACAGUUAGGUAUUCAGAUCAUGAGAAGGAAUCUGACUCAAGAGAUGUGGUUGCGACAUCAGAGGUUUCUACAUCGGAACUAAUUCAGAGUUCCGCGAAUGAAAGUGGAUCUGAGAGUGAGAAGGUUACAGUUGCGGUGCUGGAGCCCAAAUCAGUUUUAUCACAACCAUCAGAUUCUACCGAACUGCCUUUCUCUGGACUUUCAGAUCUUGCUGAACAAUCAUCAAGUGAUCCGGCAGUAAAUGCUACAAGUGUAGUGGAUGAUACUGAACCCACGACUAACAUCACCAUCUCAAUUGUCUCCGAAUCUGACAUUAACAGCGAAACCUCAAUGAUGAUUCUUCCCAGUAACAUGAUAAGUUUCACGGUAUCAAAUGAUCAGGCUGUUCAACAAAAUUCUGAUCAGCAAACCAUACAAAUUGUGCCUAGCACAACCACUAAUCAGCAAACAAUACAGAUUGUGCCUAGCAUUGCUGGUGAACCGAAUGUUAUCAGUUCAAAUCAGCCAGAAACAACACCUGCCACAGACCAAAAGUCUGUAGCCAUCGUUCCUUCCAGUCAGCUCAAUACAAUUGAGAUAGUUCCUCAGGCUAUGUCGGGAACUAACCAGAUUCAAAUUAUGACCGGUGAUUCGAAUCAAGUUCAAGUCAUUGAUAGCAGCUCAAUACAGAUAGUACCCAGUACAGACACCACCUCCUCCUCCUCCUCCCCGUUCCUCCCCACCAUCAUCAGUUCAGAACAAGACAUGCACACAGACAUGGAUGUGGAUAUCACACACGCUGCUGAUGGCUGUAUCACCAUAGCACCUGUUACAACAAAACGAAACAACACAGCCAAGUUCGAGGAUUCCUAUACUAAGAAUGGGCGGGUGUAUUUCAGGAAGUGCCACUUUAAAGACGAGACUAUUGUUCAAGGGGAGGCUGUUUAUGUGAGAUGUAAUGACCAGAACCCCAACAGCGAGGACGAAUCUUGGAAAUUAGGUCGAGUUAUGGAGUUCUACCACGCCUCCUAUCCUGUUGUGCGACUACUUUGGUUCUACGUAGAGGAGGAGAUGGUGACCAGUAAAAACGAACGAGCUAGUAUACACCCUCAAGAGGUGUUUGCUUCCCAGUGUGAUGACGAGGUUGAAAUAUCAUCGAUCGAAAGUAAAGCAAAUGUAAUAUACUUGAAGAAAGGAGAGACGAUUCCCAAAGUUAGUCCUGAGACAAACCUUUUCUGCAGACGUUUCUAUGAUCCUUACAAGCACAGUAUAAAAGCAUUGAAGAACAGACUGUCAGCUACCGACGUAUCAAUACUCCCAGAACCUAUGGUAGCAACUAAACGAGGUCGUUCUAGCACUACUUCCACUCCUCUGGAGGCUACAACUCCAAACACCAAAAGGAAGAAAACGUCACCUUCAAAACAGGGUGCAACUCCUAGGAAACAGUCCCCCAGAAAAAUUCAGACCGCUAAAACACCUCUUCAGACCGCUAAAACACCUCUUCAGACCGCUGAAACACCUUUUCAGACCGCUAACCCUCCCCGCCAGAUGCCGUUUUUCUCACCCCAAGUCAAGAACAAAGUGACAGAAAGCCUUGUUUGUGAGCCAGAUAAAGCAACUGAGACGAGCAAUACAGCUGAUAACAAAGACAAACCUAGGUUGUUCUUUGCUUCUACAGAAGAAACAGUCGAGGGAUCGAAAAAUGAUGAAGCUGUCUCGAAUAAGGUAGAGAUGGGGCUUGAAGUACCGAUAGUUAGUUCAGUGAUCGAAAAAUCAGAUUCUACUGAAUCUAUGAUUUCAAUUAUUCAAGCUGAAUCUACCAUUCCGACUAUUCAAGCUGAAUCUACGAAUCCAACUAUUCAAGCCGAAUCUACGAAUCCAACUAUUCAAGCCGAAUCUACCAUUCCGACUAUUCAAGCUGAAUCUACGAAUCCAACAAUUCAAGCUGAACCUACCAUUCCAACUAUUCAAGCUGAAUCUACCAUUCCAACUAUUCAAGCUGAAUCUACGAAUCCAACAAUUCAAGCUGAACCUACCAUUCCAACUAUUCAAGCUGAAUCUACGAAUCCAAUUAUUCAAGCUGAAUCUACCAUUCCAACUAUUCAAGCUGAAUCUACCAUUCCAACUAUUCAAGCCGAAUCUACCAUUCCAACUAUUCAAGCUGAAUCUACAAUUCAAAUCAUUCCUGCCGAUAUCCCCGACCAUUCUAAAAUAGCUGCUAAAGAUAACGAUCAUUAUGAUAUAGUUGCCUUAGACAUCCCUGUGGUCCCAGAAAAGCCAAGCGAAGAAUUGAAAGAAUGUGAUAGUGUUACGGAAAAGGUUGAAAUUGAAGUCAGCUCAGUCAUCCAGCUGUCAGCUGAUUUAACAGAAAACCCUCAAAACAUUGACCCAGAGCAGACAACAUUGUCAUCUUCCCACGAGCAGCCACUAGCCAUGUUAUCGGACCCUCCAUCAGUUCAGAAUCAAUUCAGUCUUGAGGAAAUGGGAUCAGAAACAGGAACAACAGAAACAGAAACAGAAACAGAAACUCCUGAAACAGAAACAGAAACAGAAACUCCUGAAACUAAACUAGUCCAACUUCCCUCCUCAAACACUGAGCUUUACGAUUCGAAAGAGGUGGAACAUGCUGAUGAAAUAGUGCAGGUCGUACCUCAAAUUAAAAACGCUGAGUCAUUCGUAACGAAGCAAGUCGUAUCUCAAACCUCAAACACAGAACUCCAUGAAGUAAAGAAUGCAGUGGAUCCUGCAAGCGUAGAAAAUGUUGAAAAGGAAAAUGUAGACUCAGAUUCUUGUGUCACGUUGUGACAUGAUGGACACGGCCUGGUCACCAUUUCUCAUUCUUAAUAUCUGUCAGAACAUAGAUCUUUUACUAUUGAAUUUGCUCUUUAAUCUACAGCUCAGCGCUUGUUUAUUUUUUAGAAUUUUUAGUUUCUCUAAAUUUGCGUGAUGUGUGAACUUGGAGGAAGAUUGAGAUGCUGAUUGUAGGUGAUAAUACCACCUACUCAUUGCUAUGGCCGUUGAAAUUAUUUGAAUACCCAACUUUCAAGACAUUUGGACGAAUCAGAAAUAGCUAUUUAUACUUCAUAGACUUGAAAUUAAUUUAUAUUUGAAGAAACAAUUAAUGUUUUAGCCAUUUGAGCUGAAGUUUUGUUGUUCUAGUUGAUAGCUAUUAAUAUGAUACGAAUAGAACGAAAUCAGGGUUCAAAUUGUUUGCAUGGUGGUUUACGUUCGUUAUUAUUGUUAGUCUGCAAAAUGUUAGUGAAUUGCUUUCAUUGACAAGUUGUUUUUUAUUCAAAAGACUACAUUCUUUACAUUGCA